UAAUGUCAACUCCUUGUCACGCAAUUGACAAUUGUAUUCCACAUUCUACGAAAAUCGAAAUAAUACUAACAUUUUUAAAGUUAUUAUAAAUGAAAGUUUAUUUCAUAUAAUCAGUGUUAGAAACAGCUUUCCCGUAUAAGUUAAAUAUGGCUUCUAUGAUUACAUCCUGGAGUCCUGAAAAGAAACAUACUGACGUGGAAAGAUGGGUUUGUAUUUACCCUGCUUAUAUUAAUAGUAAAAAAACUCUAGCAGAGGGACGAAGACUUCCAAAAUCUGCAUGCGUCGAGAACCCAACUUACCAGGAAAUGAGAGAUGUUUUGUUACCAACAGGGUUACAUAUUGGAGUAGAAAACAAAUUGUAUCCACGUGAGCGUAGCAAGGAAAUGUUAUACAGAGGAAGGCUUAGAGUGGAAAUAAAGAAUGAUGAUGGUUCACCAAUCAAGUCAGAAUUUGCCACACGGGAGGAUGUAAUGAAAUACCUAGCUGACUCAAUACCUAAGUUAAAAACACGCCAGAACAGACCUGCUGAACAGCAACCCCAGGCAGCACAGCAAACCGCCAACAAAAGUAAAGGAAAGAAAGGACGUCGUUAGUUUAUUUUUAUUGUAUAUAUUUCUUAAAAAUAAAUAUUAUUAA